UGUACCCCUGUUGUGCUGAACUGACAAUGGAGGGUGUGGAAGAGACGCUAAGAACCCUGUCUAUUACUCAGCGGGCCCAUUCAGAGGAGCCUACAUACUUGCUUGACCUCUCUCUGCAGCCUACUGCAUCCGAUCCAGGCCAUGGUCGCCUCUUGGCUGUCUCCUGCUCGAACUUCUCCAUCCACCUCCAUAACAAGGACACCCUAGGCCUGCUUGGAGAGUAUCAAGGACACAGUGGCACGCUGUGCAGGGUGACAUUUGCCCACACCUCCCCUGACGUCCUCUUCUCUGGUUCUGCUGAUGGGACAGUCAGGACAUGGGACGUUCGUUGCCCCGGGACAAAGGCUGUGCAGGUAUUCAAAAGUGAUCCUUUCCACUACUACUGUAGCUUAGAUUUGAGCUGCAACGACAUGGUCCUGUGUGCUGGUACUGAGCAGGUGAACGAAGAAGACAGCUUCCUGGUGUUCUGGGAUGCCCGUGUGGCUGGAAAAAAGGAAGGCCGUCGUGGUGGGGCUCUUGGGGUUUAUUCCGAGUCGCACAGUGAUGACAUCACACAGGUAUGUUUCCACCCUCAGAAAAAAGACCAUCUGGCAACCGGCUCCACCGAUGGCCUUGUCAAUGUGUUUGACUUGAGUUUAGGAGCUGAGGAGGAGGCGCUCCUGGCCACCUGUAACAGCGGCUCCUCAGCCAGUUCAGUUGUCUGGUCAGGGAGAGACUUCAACCAGCUCUUGUGCCUCAGUCAUGAUGAGGGGCUCCACCUGUGGGAUUUGGGCCAGCUAGACACAGACCAGCCGCUCACAAUCUUCAGCACCCCCGACGCUCGUAGUCUGACCCCAUUGGCCGGCGGGGGGUCUGUAGACUAUUUGGUAGGGGGUAGCUGGCUGGAGGAAGCCCAAAAACUUCUUUUGGUCGGGGGGAUGAACAGUGGGGAACUACAUUUGAUGGAGUGUGAUGAGAAGGGGCUGCAUCUAUUGAGUUCACUACAGGGGGGCCACACGUCCAUGGUGCGCUGCUUCUUGUGGGAUGCCGUGGCAGCCGCCCUCAUCACUGGAGGAGAGGACGCACAGCUGCUGUUAUGGAAACCGGGAGGGGAGGAGCUUAAGUCAGGGAAGAGGGGGUCAAUGAAAAGCGCCUCUGCUUUGAAACUCAAAUCCAGGCCACACAAAAAACACAGCUACCAAAGGGACAAGGAGAAAGCGUAGUUCAGAGGCUGGUCGUCAAAUCUUUAAAAUGUUGAGUAAUCUACCGGAACAUGGCUGUUAACUUACUUUUCAUCCUUUUCAGGUCUGCAAAAGAUAACGAUGUACACUGACGUUUUUUUUUUCUCUUAAAAGUUUACUCCCUGCCUGCUGCCCAAUGGCUGCUGGGAUAGGCCCCAGCAUCCCCGCGACCCUGAGAGCAGGAUAAGCGGUUCGGAUAAUGGAUGGAUACUUAUACAGAACACACUGUUU